AUGGCACCUGCUUUACGUGAGGUAACCCAGACAGUCACUGAACAGUACACUACUUACGUGACCAUCGUGACGCUGGGGAAUUUCAAAGCCUGGCCAACAUCCAACUUUGUAACACUCACGGGGGUUGAGGUGGACCCUUCUGCGACAGCUGUCGCGUCUGAUACAGCAGACACUCCAGCGUGGAGCUAUUCUGCAGGUACAAGCGGCGGGCUAUCGAGCGGGGCCAAGGGUGCGAUCGCCGGUUCAAUUUUGGGUACCGCAUUUCUGUUGUUACUGUUGUAUUGUUGGUGUCAACGUCCUCCACGAACCCGAUUCACACAUCAUCGUCGACGCCAAUUUGUUAAGAUGGCACCACCAGAACCACCCCAAGAGCCUACAGAUACACCGGAGGGGGAAGUACCGAAGCGCCCAAAGAAGAAGAAGACAGUGACUAUAGCACCCGAGCCUCCCAAAGAACCGAAAGAUCCGAAAGAUCCGAAGCGACAUCAUCGACAGGGCUUCUCUCCCGUUGUCAAGUUCACCACCGACAUGACCUCGAAGACUACAAUUGAUAUAAGAGAAAGCAAAAGGGAAACCCGAUGCCUUUCAUCAUUCGGCCAUUGGAGAGAGUAA